AUGGCAGCUGAGAAGAGUAUAGUCGCUGUAGGAGCCUCUCGUGGUGACCCUCGUACCCCCUUCUUUGAGGGGUGCUCCCCCUCCCCCCUUCUGCCCUCUAUUGCCUCUGCUGCUGCGGUCGACCUCGUUGGCAUCGAGUCAGUCGGCGCUGCGUCUGCCCCUAGCGGGAGACGCCGCAACGGCAAGGGCAAGUGGGGUAAGGGCGCUGGAGGAGCUGGCGGGGGCGGUGGAGGUGGCGGUGGAGAUGGCGGUGGAGGCGGCGGAGGGGGUGGGGGUGGCGGUGGGAGUGGUGGCGGGGGUGGGGGCUUCGGUGGCGGCGGUGGAGGCGGAGGCGGCAGCGGCAAUGGCGGUGGGAGCGGAGGAGGCGGCAGUGGCGGCGCUGGCAGCGGCGCCGGUGACGCUGGUCGGGGUGGCUCUCUGCAGCGGGGCGGCUUCGGUGGUGGUCAGCGCCAGCAGCAGCAGCGCACUCGUGAGACCCCGCCCCCCAAGCAGCUUCGUGAGUGGUACGCUGCGCGUCAGCUGGGUGGGGGUGCUGGUCCCUGUGCCUACGUCCUGCGUACCGGCAACCGCACUGGUGAGCCGUGCGGUGGCCUGCACACCACCCAGCGCUGCUUCGGCCGCCUGACAGACGCCUGGCGUCUCCAGUUCCCUAACGCCACUGAGAUCCCUUGCUGGGGCGAGCUGCUUAGGUCGGGGGUUGCUAUCUUUGAUCUUGAUUAUGAUGAUAUUUUUGCUGCCAUGUAUGUUGUGUCUACUAGUGAUGAGGGUGACUGUUACCUGUGUGUUCCGCCUGACCCGGGCAUUGAGGCUGCUGCUCUAGGUGCUGGUGAGGCUGCUGCUCUAGGUGCUAGUGCGUCUGCUGCUCCAGGUGCUGGUGAGUCUGCUGCCCAAGGUGCUGGUGAGUCUGCUCUCUCAGGUACCACACCGCACCACACUCACGCCGCUUAG